AUGUGUCAACGGGCUCUUCAUCGAUUCAAGCGCUCCUCACCGGUUCGGACGGACAUACAGCUUACUCGAGACGAUCUUGAACAAGCAAGACUCUUCUGGGUACUACAUAUACAAUCGGCUCAUUUCGCUGCGGAACUUCGGUCAAUCUCAAACGGAAAUUUUUUGACACGGGGUCAUUUCCUGUCGGCCUUGACUCCCUUCAUCGAUUCGCAUGGAACUCUUUGCGUCGGGGGACGCCUGCAGCAUUUCAGUCUAAACUUGGAAGCAAAACAUCCGGCUAUCCUUCCACGUCAUUCGACAUUCACGACGCUCGUCAUCGCUGACGCGCACCUCAAGACUCUUCACGGCGGAACUCAAUCGACCUUGACUCUCCUUCGUUCCAAUUACUGGAUCGUCGGAGGUCGAGCACCAAUAAGAUCAUUCAUUCUUCGCUGCGCUAAAUGCGUUCGGUUUCGAGGACUUCGAGCUCAACAGCUCAUGGGGCAACUUCCGAUCAGUCGUGCUACUCCUUCUCGGGCAUUCCUUCACACCGGACUUGAUUACGCCGGACCCUUCACAGUAAAAACAUGGCGAGGCCGGAAUACGAAAACAUACAAAGGAUAUCUGGCCGUCUUCGUUUGUUUUUCAACGUCAGCUGUUCACUUGGAACUGGUGACAGACUACACUUCGGAUGCCUUCAUCGCUGCCUUUCGGCGGUUCACGAGUCGUCGAGGCAUUUGUCAUACGCUCUAUAGCGAUUGCGGGACGAACUUCAUCGGAGCUGAUGCCCAACUUCAAGGACUCUUCAAAGAAAGUGCGACAGAAAUGCCACACAUAAUUUCUUCGCUGACUAACAUCGGAACUCGGUGGUCCUUCAAUCCCCCCUCGGCUCCUCACAUGGGAGGAAAGUGGGAGGCCGCCGUCAAAUCGGCAAAACAUCACCUUCAACGGGUUAUCGGGGACUCAGCACUUACGUAUGAAGAAUUUACAACUCUUCUUACGCAAGUCGAGUCAGUGCUAAAUUCACGUCCGCUGGGCGCCAUGUCAGACGAUCCGGAUGACUUCUCUGCCCUGACUCCUGGCCACUUCCUCAUCGGCGAGGCCCUAAAUUCAGUUCCGGAACCUUCGCUCACUUCAACUCCGGAGCUAAAACUUCCGCGCUGGGCCCAAAUUCAACGGAGAUUCCAGCAAAUUUGGCAACGCUGGUCAUCGGACUAUCUUCAACACGGUUUAGCCACUUCCAAGUGGCGACAUCCUCGGAACGAGAUCCAGGUUGGCUCCCUGGUCCUCAUCACGGACGAACGACUUCCGCCUUCCAAGUGGCCGCUCGCCAGAGUGGUCUCACUUCACCCAGGGGAAGACGAACUCACCCGAGUCGUCACACUUCGCACGGCUUCAUCCACCUUCAAGCGGCCCAUUUCAAAGCUCUGCAUUCUUCCGGUUACUUCUUCGACAACAUCGGUUGCCGAAGGCGGGGAGUGUGUUCAGAAAAGGGCAUAG